UGAGCACCACCGACUGAUCACCUUGAGCACCACUGACCUGCAGGUAGACAGUCAAGUGAGAACUGCCCAGAGGGAAGUCGUUCAGCGGGAUAAAGGAUUUCAAAGCAAAGACAUGGACCAAAAGCUGAUCUUGUUGGUUACACUGGUGAUGGUCUACGUGGCGGCAGGUGUCCAUGGAUCAUCCCAUUUGAUGUUUGCCAAUAAUACUGAGGUAAACAUCACACGGGGGGGCUGUGGGGAGACUAAACUGUGUGUGGAGACACCAGACAACUGCGACCCUGUGGGAAACAGCAGCUGUCUCUUCACCUCCAUAAACGCCGGCACUGCGGCGGGCUCCAACAGCACUGACCUGGCCAUCGAGCUCCGAGGGAAAUCUGGCGGCUUUAUAGUACUGGAGCUCAUCCCAAACACAACUGAGGGCAACACGAUGAUUUUUGUCUGUGGUAAGAACAACACAAACGGUAGCUCCACCUUCUUCCGUACAGGGUCCAGACCAGUCAACACCAGCAACGACGACAGCGGUUCAAUCAUGGACGAAGAGAUUAUGGUGAAGGAGAUCCGCGUCGUGUCGGGUGCGGACAAUGUAACCCGAUGUGAGUUCAUCGUCCCAGCAGUCAAUGGCUCAAGGGCAGGAGUCCAAAGGGCAGGAGACGGCACCGUCAUCAUCUUCACUGUCGCACUGGCAACUGGAAGUGAAACCACUGGUGCUCUUACCUUCACAAUCCAAAAGAGAGACGGUCCCCUGAACGUUGCUGACCCGAGCAGUAAUGUUAACACUACCGGAACACCUCCACCUUCCACUGCUGCAACCGCUGCUGCAACCACUGCUGCAGCCACUGCUGCAGCCACUGCUGCAACCACAGCUUCCAGUGCUGUGAGCGCAACAGCACCAGGCACCCUCGCCCUGAUGAGUGUCCUAACAUUUUGCAUCAUACAGCGAACCGGGAAAGGACCGUGGUAAGAUGCAUGGGAAGGAGGGUCCAAUGAAGUCAGGAAUCCUGAAAAAGAUUGAGCCGAUUCAGGAUGGGCAAUGAAUGAAGUGUAAAAUAGCUGCUUUUCCUGCAAGCAACAUGUAAAUUGUGCACAAGCAGAGGGGUGUGCAGAAGAACACAGAUAGCCACCAAGUUUAGAUUGUACAGAAGAGUAUGUCACAAUCACCGUAACUCCCUUUUCUGUGAUGGAACGAGGUGGUUGUCAAAAGCGCCUUUAAUAAUACAAAACUUUUUUAUAUGUGUUUUAGCAUUUACUGUGUGGUCUUUAAGUGCUAAACAGAAACCUCCUUUGACCUGUACUACUUUAACACUAUUGUGUAAUCAAGAAUAAACAUUUACCUGUUUUUUUAUAAUGCAA